AUUAGUAGCCUGUUACCUUUUUUGCCUUCAUUUAGCUCCAUGUUUGUUAUACCCCGCCUUCCUUCCCGGUAAAACUUUCCUUUGUAUUUGGUAACUUCCUGAAUCCUUCGCAUAUUUUCUGUGACGUCGUGCUGCCAUGUGUAACCGCGCCGAUUUCGCUUUGUUUCGUAUUAAUUUCCGUCUGUUGCUGACCUGCCGCCGAUCUGUGAAGACCUGCCAUUGUUGUGUGCUACCGCCUUGCCUCAUCACCGAGUUCACCAGAGUGAUUUAAAUAUAAGUGUGUAAAGUUUGCUUUCUUUUCAAGUUUUCUGAACCGGCCUUUUAGUUCAACUUUUAUAACAUGGUCCUCCGGGCCGGAUGAAGAUUUAAUUUUGCUGUAACUUUGCUUGUUUGCUGAUUUGUGAUCUUUGAGUGUGCAAGAUUGAAGAUGGGAGCAGAUAGUGAGUCUGACCUGAAGCAGAAGAGGACCCAGGCCAGAGCUAAAGCCACCAGACUGCUCAAGGAGCUGGAAGAAUGCGACAAGGCACAGGAAGAUGACCUGGCACUCGCCAUUCACCACCUGGAGGAGCACAUCAAGGUGAUGUCUGAAAUUCAGAGAAGCUCGUGCACCUGAAGGCUCACCUGACAGGCCAGGCGGAAGUUGCUCUCCAGGGCUUCCCAGUGACCGACCAGGGCUACUACAGGGCGGUGGAGACACUCAAGGAGAGGUUCGACCGACCAGACCUACGCAGGCAAGUGCUUAUGCAAAGGCUGAUGAGCACCUCCCCUGUGCACAAUGAUGCUGACCUGGUUCGUCUACGGCGUAUGGUUGACAAACUGGUCUCGGAGGUCAGAGCUCUGGAGACGAUGGGUGUACUGCCUGAUAGCUAUUCAGUGUUGUUGAUGCCUGUGCUUCUGUCAUGCCUGCCAGAGUCCUGGAAGAUAGAGUGGUUGAGGUGCAAGGUGGACUCCCAAGAUGAGCUGACUGUGUUUCUCAAGUUCCUGCAGCGGGAGAUGACCAUCAGGGAGGAGGCAGCGACCCGGAAGAGAGGAGGCACCAGCGACUCGACCGAGCCUGUACCUGGGAGUGGGAAGCCAACCGUCAGCGUCCUGAGCCUGCGUCAGAAGAGGGAUCCAGACUGGGUAUGCUUGGCAUGUGGAUCUGGUAAGCAUGGACUCGCUGCUUGUUCUGCCUACCGUUGCAUGCCUGUGCCCGCUCGAUGGGAUGUGGUGAGGCGAGCACGUCUGUGCUUCCAGUGUCUGGGACCCCACUUGCUCCGUGCCUGCACCAGCACCCACUGCCCGUGGUGUGGAGGCCCGCACCAUUCGUCCCUGCACUUGCCACCAGAUGAUGCCACCGCUGCUGCCGUCCCGCGUGGGAGACCACCCUGCACUGACCGCCGAUCUCUGCCACCGCCAGCGGCCGCUGCUUGCUCCGCCCCGCCCGCUUGCUACCCUGCGCCUGAGGCCCGCUUCAGCUCCAUGUCUGCGCCUGCUUCGGCUCCGCCUGCUCCGCCCCAGUGGAGUACAGCCAACAGCCCAUCUCAGAGCCAUGUCCCGCUACAGCCUACUGCUCGCUCUGGUCAGGGUCGGAUGUGCUUGAGUGUGCAUGCCAGAAACCACUGUUAUGUCCAGACCGCACUUGUCACUGCAGCAGGUCCCCGUGGUGUGCGCCUUGUGCGCGCCCUGAUCGAUGGAGGCUCGGACGCGUCCUUCAUCCGGUCGUCACUGGCUGACGAGCUCGGGCUGGAGACUGUCGGCCAGGGGACGUUCGCCUGCGUCGGCUUCAAGGAGAAGCUGGAAGAGGUACGUCAGUACGCCCUGGUGAGCGCGCAGCUGAGGGGACACCAGAGAGGUGAGGCCAUAUUGUCGUUCUGGAAGACCGAGAAGCUGUGUGCUCCUGUGGGAGCCAAACCGCCUGUGCUAUCGCUGCCGCCCAGUGUCGAUUUGGCUGAUGAUUUCCGUGAUGUGCCAGUUGACAUGUUGAUCGGAUGUGACCAGUUGUACCGAGUGGUAAUGUGGGGUCAGAUGGAGGUGAGUCCGGGGCUGCGUUUGGUAGAAACGGUCUUUGGAUAUGUACUCCAUGGACGGGCCCAGGGUCAGGAACCGCCUGUGUUUCGUCACGCCUACCGUUGCCAGCUGUCUGAAGUCGAGCGCAUGUGGACAUUGGAUGCCGUCGGAGUGUCCGCAGGAGACGCAGCAGAGAAGACGAUGCCCGGUCCGACCUGGAGUGAGGAAGAGAACCGGUACCAGAUGGGACUUCUCUGGAAGUCUGACUGCCGGCCGGCGUCCAACCUGCCGUCUGCCGAGGCGCGCACCCGUCGUCUGGCGACGAAGAUGGGGACAGAAGAGCUCCGCCGGUACGACGAUCAUAUCGAGAAGCUGAAGGAGGAUGGAGUGAUCGAGGACGCGCCGCCCACCACUGACGACCCGUCCUCUGCUUUCUUCCUCCCGCACCGCGGCUUGGACCGGAAUGGUAAGCUGCGGGUGGUGUUUGACGGCUCGGCCCCUGACGGUGUAGGGAGGAGUUUGAAUGAGUACCUCGUGCCCGGCGAGAACCUGCUUCGCCGCCUACCUGCAGUCAUCCUCUGCUUCCGCACUAACUCUGUGGGGUGCCAGGCUGAUGUCCGAUCGGCCUUUCACCAGAUCGCCCUGGAGGAGCGCGAUCGGCGCUUCGUGCAGUUCCUGUGGCGGGACCAGUGUCUGAGAUUCCGAAGGGUGACGUUCGGAAUCACGUGCUCGCCGUAUAUGCUGCUGCGUACGAUAUCGCAUCACGUCAGGCAGUAUAUGUCUCUGUACCCAGAUCUGAUGGAGAAGGUGGAGAAGGCUCUCUACAUGGAUGACCUCUGCCCGACGUUCUCCACGACGGAGGAGGCUACCACCGGCAUGCGGCAGAUCACGGAGGUGUUCAGCGACGCGAAGAUGGAGCUGCACAAGGCGAGGAUGACAGGUGAUGUGUCAGACGAUGCCGUUGUCCUCGGUCUGAUGUGGCGCACAGGUGCUGAUGACCUUGCCGUGACCGUCCCUGCGAUCACCCGCCCGUGUAGCAGACGUGACCUGCUGUCCGCAGUAUCCAAGCCGUUCGACCCGCUUGGACUGCUGACGCCGUGGCUGGUGCGGGGGAAGCAGCUGUUCCAGCGAUCGUGGACGGAGGAACAGCUGGAUUGGGACGACCGACUUCCACUCGACCUGCAAGAGGAGGUGGACGCGUGGUGGCAUGACUCGGUCAGUAAGACUGUCUGGUUUCCCCGCUCAGUGAUGACGACUGAGGCCGGGGCUGAGCCACCGUUGUUUCAUGUGUUUUGUGAUGCAUCGAGAUCUGCGUACUGCGCUGCUGUGUACGUGCUCCAGGGUGGGGAGGUGCACCUGCUCGUCGCCAGGGCUCGAUUGGCGCCUCUCAAACCCGUCCUAACCAUACCCAGGUUGGAGCUCAUGGCGGCGCUGACCGGGGCUCGGCUGAUGGACUUUGUCAGAGAGUCCCUGAAUCUGGCUGACCCCCGCGUGACAUACUGGUCUGACUCAAUGGAUGUGCUGUGUUGGAUUCGCAGUGCCAAACUGUUUCGCGUGUUUGUGCAAAACCGCGUGACAGCCAUCAGGCAGCUGACCGACCCUGGGAGCUGGCAGUUCGUCCCAGGAGCGGAGAACCCGGCGGAUCUGGGGACGAGAGGGAUCGCCCUGAGUCAGCUCACCGCAGGCGAGACCAGCGAGAGGUGGUGGAAGGGACCGCCGUUCCUGCUGACGCCGAACCCGCCGUCGCAGCCGGAACCAGUCUCUGAGGUCAGUCCUGCCGCCGAGGCAGAGGAGAAGCUGCAGUCGUCGGUGGCCUGCAGUCAUCCUGUGACGAGGUCAGUGCCUCCCGCCGAGUCCGCUGCGCUCAUAACCUCGUGCUCUGACCUGAAGACCGCUGUGAAUCGUUUGGCUUGGGUGCGACGUUUCCUGUCCAACAGCCGUCUGCCCAGAGCGGAGCGCCAGGUGGGCCCGUUGACGCCGGAGGAGAGGAGCCAAAGUCUGCGGUUCUACAUCAGGGAGGCACAGGCCAGUGCCUACCGUGAGGAGAUCGGCGCCCUGCGAACUGGUAAGCUGCUGCCGGCUGGCUCGCCGCUGGAGAAGCUGCACCCGCAGCUGAGCGACGAUGGUGUGUUGGAGGCGACGUUGCGAAGUGGGGAGCGGGCCGUUCCAGUGCUGCCAGACCUAUCUCACGUCACCACCCUGAUUGUUGACGAUGCGCACCGCCUCUGUUUCCACCAGGGCACCCGGGUAACGUUGGCGCUGCUGUCAGCAGGAUACAUGGACCUGGAGGCAUCGGAGGCGCGUCUGCGAUCACCUCAACCGUCGAUGGACCUCAGAGUACCUGAGCGCCCUGCGGUGCUGGAGCACCUCUCCGCGUGGUCGGCCCAGUCGCCUCCCCGGCAUCGGUGACGUCGUGCUGGUGCGCGAGGACGGGCCGCGCGGCCGGUGGCCGCUGGCGCGUAUCACCGCGCUACUGCAUGGGCCUGACGGACAGGCUCGCGCCGCGGUCAUCUCGCUGCGCGGAAGGACGACUCGGCGUCCUGUGAACAAACUGUACGCGCUGGAGGCCGCCGGCGAGUAACUCAGCGCGUGGGUGACUGCCGCGUGACGCGCGAAGUGAGCCAGUGAAGUGUUUGUGACUGUGUUUGUCGAGCGCCGUGUAUUAUCUGUUUCUGUUUCGAAGUGAGUCACUUCGAGUGGGGAGUGUGUCCUAAUUAGUAGCCUGUUACCUUUUUUGCCUUCAUUUAGCUCCAUGUUUGUUAUACCCCGCCUUCCUUCCCGGUAAAACUUUCCUUUGUAUUUGGUAACUUCCUGAAUCCUUCGCAUAUUUUCUGUGACGUCGUGCUGCCAUGUGUAACCGCGCCGAUUUCGCUUUGUUUCGUAUUAAUUUCCGUCUGUUGCUGACCUGCCGCCGAUCUGUGAAGACCUGCCAUUGUUGUGUGCUACCGCCUUGCCUCAUCACCGAGUUCACCAGAGUGAUUUAAAUAUAAGUGUGUAAAGUU